AUGCAUGGGCUACAUCUAAUAAAGUUUCUUGAUAGAGAGCCGGGGAGUUCACAAGUAGUACAACAGAAACCAGAAACAGUUCGCCAACAUUGUAACCAAACGGAAAAAUUAGUUUCACAAAUAUUUAAACCUCAAGUCCAAACGGAAAAUGAAAGCAGUAAGCCAACAAAAAAGCCAUCAGUGCAACAAUGUAUAAGUCAAAUAUUUGGACGAUCCAAUUAUGAUAUUCCUAGAAGUAAAAUCUCAAAACGAUUUCAUAGCUUUUUGUUGCGUAAAAGGAACACUAAGUCAAAUGAUUCGUUUUGUACCGAUAGAAAAUCAAAACAUAUUAGAAAUAAUAAAGAAAAGAGUAAAACGAAACGAAAUUUUUUUUUACCACGAAGCGGAUCUGUAAGUGACAAAAUAGAAGUUCUUUUCAAAUCAAAAAAUUGGAAAUCAAAAAGAAGACGCCGUUUGACAUCGAAUUCUAAAGAUAUUUGUAAAUAUGCAAUUCAUUACAACUCUAAAUCAUCUCACGACAUAAAUUAUGAUAAGAAAACUGGAAAUAACAAGUUCUGCUGUCGCUUACACAUUCCGCAAGUAAAACGUCGUCGCAGAAGCACAACAAUCCCAACAGCUUCAAGUGAUAAUGCACGUUACCGUAAUUUCUACUCAGACCAUAACAUACAACAUACUAAAGCGAAUCUUAAUUCUACAUGCCAGCACCACGCCCAUCAAUUAGGCGGAACAUACAACGUUAUAGAUUUUUCAAAUGCCGUUCGUUUUAAUCCCAAUGAUUCUUCUAAAUGUGAACCAAUAACUCGCCUGUUUGAUACCCAGCGAAUGGUAGUGCCCACUACAUCUUUUGAUAAUUCUAAAGGAGGCGGAGAUAAUGCAGCUUCAUUUCCAGUUCAAGGAACUUGUUCAGUGCCAACUCUUCAGCCAAAAAGUCAGUUGAAAAGUCGUCCUAAAUCAAAAGUAUUAUCGAAGUAUAAGAAUUCCUCUAGAUCGUCAAAGGUUCCUACCUGUCCUAUUUUUAUAACCAAAAGCGUAAAAUUUACCCUCUUUGCACUCUCUGUUAUUAUAUGGUUUCCAUGCAUAUUGAUGAUGUCGCUUCUCUGGAUAGUAUCAUAUCCUAUGAGACCCCACGAAAUAAUUAAAACAGUAAAAGAUAUUGAAAGCUGUAAAACAGAGAGAUCCCAAAAUGACGAUCAAGACUUUUGGAAGUCCAUUUACACUUGUGUUGCUGGUGCUGUUAAAAAGCUAUUGGGUUUCUAUGACGCUAUGUUCUCUUUGAUUAAAGAUAGAAAUUUUAAGAGAAACACAAGGAUCGGGACUACACAAUCUACGUUAUUGCGCCGGAAUGGAAAUAUCCAAAAAGGAAAACAAUAUCCAAACCCUCAAAAGAAGUACAAACUGUAUUAUGAUAAUGACAGGGGGUGGGUAAUGAAGCCAAUCAAAGUAAGGGAAAAUAAAGGUUUUGAAAAAACUAUAAAAACCCGUGGAGAGGCAUUACCCGAAGAAGAUAAAUUAAAUAAGAAUGGGCCUACACUUGAUUUAAUUAAAUGUAAAAAUGAUGUUUCCAAGGUUAAAUGCCCAUCCAAAGAUUCCAAAGUAACUAAAAACGAACAAGAAUUAGGAAGUCAAGACCUUUACACACAAAUCCAACAAGAAUCAGAAGAAACGAAGGAGCAUAAAAUUCAAGAUAUUUCUCGAAAUCGACCAAAUGAAAACAAUAUAACUAAAGUUAGCGAUUGCUUAUGCGACCAAUUAAAGAAAAACGUACCCCAAGAUGUAAAUUGUGUGUGUGAAUCUGUGCAAACUGAAUGUAAACCACUGAAAUCGAAAAAUGUCCCAGUUUAUUCUAGCUUGCAGAAAUCACCUAAAUUCGUAACAUUUAACGAUGGAAUUCAACCACAUUUGGAUUCACAAUGUAUCUGUACAACGGAUGUAUUAGAAAAUGUUCGGAGACCCUGUCAUCUUCGGAAUUGCUGUUCGCUCAAAAGACCAAUCUCAACUAGUGCCAGAGCAACUGAGCUGCCAGAAGUUUUAACAGAGAUUGGUCAUCAUGAAACAUCACAACAUAGGCCAAGAUCUCAAAGCCAAUAA